GGAGGCGGCGCAUGCGCUCCGCACAUGGGACAGGGGGAGGCGGGCGAGGCGCCUGACGCGCGGUUCCAGCUCCUGCCUCUCAUGCAGGGCAGGGGGCGGUGCCGUACGCGCUCGGAAGAGCCUGGGGGAGUGGUUUUCCUUCGGAGCCCCAGCUCAGAAGGAAGUGACAGCAGCGGCGUCGAGGAGAUUUGGUGGCGCGCGCAACGGCGCGCGAAGAUACCGGCCGUACGCACGCGCCGACCGGCUCGCCCUCACCCGGCGCAGGCGCAAGGCACUUCCUUGGAGCGCACGCGCGUGGGACCGGGGGGGCUGCCGUCUCUAGCCGCCAUGGAGCGGAAAGUUCUAGCAUUACAAGCCCGGAAGAAGCGGACCAAAGCCAAGAAGGAAAAGGCCCAGAGGAAGCCUGAAACUCAACAUCGAGGCCCUACUGCCCAUUCAGAGAAUGAUUUGCCUGAACAAGAGGAGGAAAUCCUGGGAUCAGAUGAUGAUGAGCAAGAAGAUCCCAAUGAUUACUGCAAAGGCGGCUACCAUCUUGUAAAAAUAGGGGACCUGUUUAAUGGAAGAUACCAUGUAAUCCGGAAACUGGGAUGGGGACACUUUUCUACAGUGUGGUUAUCUUGGGACAUCCAAGGGAAGAGGUUUGUGGCAAUGAAAGUUGUAAAGAGUGCUGAACACUACACCGAAACAGCAUUGGAUGAAAUCAAAUUGCUGAGAUCUGUCCGCAAUACUGACCCUGACGACCCAAGUAGAGAGAGGGUUGUUCAGCUGUUGGAUGACUUCAAAAUCUCAGGAGUGAAUGGUUCCCAUAUUUGUAUGGUAUUUGAAGUUUUAGGGCAUCAUCUUCUGAAAUGGAUCAUCAAAUCAAAUUAUCAGGGGCUUCCACUACUCUGUGUAAAAAGAAUAAUCCAACAGGUUUUGCAAGGACUGGAUUAUGUGCACACGAAGUGUCGGAUUAUCCAUACUGAUAUUAAACCAGAAAACAUUUUGCUGUGUGUUAAUGACCAGUACAUUCGCAGACUGGCAGCAGAAGCAACAGAAUGGCAAAGAUCUGGAGCCCCCCCUCCUUCUGGUUCUGCAGUGAGUACUGCACCACAGCCCAAACCUGCUGACAAAAUGUCCAAAAAUAAGAAAAAGAAAUUGAAAAAGAAACAGAAACGACAAGCAGAGCUACUGGAGAAACGAAUACAGGAAAUUGAGGAGAUGGAGAAGGAAGCAAGCCCUCCAGAAGCACUGCCUGAAGACCAGCACGAGGUUCCAAGACCACUUGAGCUACUCUUAAAAGAGAGCCCCCCAGAUGAAGGGCUACCAGGAAAGACAGAUGACACUUCUCUUGUAUCAGAGCAAAUGAUCUUAAUGGAGGAAGUUGUUGAAAAAUGCAUAACAGAAAUCAAUUGCAAUGGAAUGAUGCAAAUGACUGCCUUCUCAGAGUCCAUCAACCAAGUGUCCGUGAGGCUUGAGGAGGACCUUCAUAAUGCCAAUGAUUACAGUGGUCCUUCUCAGGAGCAGGAGGAGGAUGAAAGCUGUAGUUUUAACCAAAGUAAUGGUGGCUCAGAGAGCAGGAUACAGGAAGCAAUAUCAGAUCCACGUGUCCCCUUAAUUCCAGAGGUCCUGGAUUCAAUGGUAUGCCAGGGAACUUCAAGUGACGAACAGUAUUUCAGUGAACAGCAGAUCAGCCACUUACAAGAGAGUAUCAGGGCAGAAAUACCUUCAGAGGAUGAGAACGAAAAUAAUGGGUUAUAUGAGAACAACAAAGGAAAAUCUGCUGCUGGAAAUUUCCUCCUUAAUCCUCUUGAACCUGGGAAUGCAGAUAAGCUCAAAGUGAAGAUAGCAGAUCUAGGAAAUGCUUGCUGGGUGCAUAAACACUUCACUGAGGAUAUUCAGACAAGGCAAUACCGAUCCCUGGAAGUACUGAUUGGAGCAGGAUACGGCACCCCAGCUGAUAUUUGGAGCACGGCCUGUAUGGCCUUUGAACUGGCUACAGGUGACUACUUGUUUGAGCCUCAUUCUGGUGAAGACUACUCUCGGGAUGAAGACCACAUUGCUCUGAUCAUAGAACUUUUGGGGAAAAUACCUCGCAAGCUCAUUACGGCUGGAAAAUACUCUAAGGAGUUCUUCACCAAAAAAGGUGAUCUGAAGCACAUCACCAAGCUGAAGCCAUGGGGUCUCUUUGAGGUCUUGGUGGAGAAAUAUGAAUGGCCCCAAGCUGAGGCAGCUGCCUUCACAGACUUCCUGUUACCUAUGCUGGAGUUGAAUCCUGAGAAAAGGGCUACAGCGGCACAGUGUCUCAGGCACCCCUGGCUCAGUUCCUAGAAGUCUGACACCAUGGCUCUAUAACCGGGUUUACAGCAUACUAUAUACACACCUAGAUGUCCCAGCUGCCCCUCCUUCUCCCAAGUCGAUUUUUCCCUGUUGAUUUUCAGAGCAAAGCGUCUUCUUGAGGGCUUUUGAGAUUUUAGAUAAAUCUAACUGUUCGUGUGAGUUUGUGUACGCGACUCAGUAGGGACUGUUGUCAGCCAUUGGGCAUCCGAUAUAUGUUGGUGUGAUUGGGGUUUGCCAAAGAGUUUUAAUGGGAAUGUGAAAUUAUUCCCAGCUCUCUUCCUUGCUCCAGUAUCUUACCCUGAACGUGCGGGGAAAUCUCCAUUGGGACACACUCCCUUAAUUAUAUUGCCGUCAUCCCAAGGGGGAUGUGAAGAGCUGUGAAUCCCUCCUUAGCUCACUGACUCCGGGAGUCAUUUUCUCAGAGCACAUCCAGUUGCUGACAGUAAGAGGAGAAAUGGUGGUAGCUCCAUGUGGAGCACUGAACUCUUCAAUUCUCUACUCAUUCCUUAGGUGUCAGAUCUGCUAGCCCGCCCCCCCCCCUUCUGUUAAGAAUUUUCUCUAGUUUUAGCCAUUGAAUCUUUUGAAACCACCCAUAUGAAUGUUUUCUCACCACUUUUGUUCCCUGCGUUGAGUUUCUGAGUCCAGUGAAAUAAGCUGUUCUCCAAAGCCAGAGCAUAUCAAUGUGACUGUGCUUCACAAGAGAAAUAAAAGCAAGAGGAAUGGGUAAAAUCGAGGCUCCACAGUACGGAUCUAUGCAUUUGUUGGCUGCAGAGGGACAGCCAGAUUGCCCAAGUUCUAUGCUAGAUUGCCCAACACACAAACCUGGGCAGUAUAUGGCCUGCCAGCCACAUAUGGUGGCUAAAAAGGUGCUUGAGAACUGCAUGGGUUUCUUCAGCCCAAACUGGGACUCAAAAGCAGGGAGUUGUCAAGCAUCUGGCAGGCCAUUUGUAAUUCAGGGCUGCUUUGUGCCAGUAAUGACAUUCAUUAUGUUGCCCUGGUAUGAAAUUGUAUUUUUAGUAGAGAGCCAUUAGUUUUUCAGUCUAGAAGAAUAGAAUAUAUCCUUUCCGCUUUAACAAUAAGGAAAGAUGAUAUUGGUGGCUGUCUUUCCAGCUGUGCUGUAUGCCCAGAAGUUCAGCCACCAGAUUUCCAAAGGUUAAUGAAUGUAAAGAUACUUAUCCUGUAAAUUUGUCUGAGGUGCUGGACUCUAGAAACCACCUUUUCAGAUAGAAUUCUUUUCUUAUGUCAGGACUAAUAAUCUUCUAGGAGGAGAGUAGUUUGGUUCUCCCCCACCCCCCGAGAGGAAUUGUCAAAUUCUCUUUUCCAAAUGCAUUAUAAAUGUUGCUCAUCAGAACACAGCAUACACUUUUAAACUCCUAGGAAAGGGGGGUAGUUGUGAUUGACUCUGAUAGCCUUAUAUUUUAGUAGAAAGGUCAAGAUAUGUGAACACUCACUAGUUUGACAGUAUUUUUCAGGCUUCCCAUGGUCAUUAAAAAUCCCCUGCCCUUCUGCUCUAAUGUGAAGUUUAGAGAAGUUGGGACUUCCAACAGCCCUUCCUUACCAUGGACCAAAUAGGCCUUUGAGCUUAGAAAAUUCUCCAAGGCUAGAAAUCGUUGGAGGACUCAAGCUUGCAGGCACUGUGUGGGACAAUCCAAUGCAAAAGCUGCCAGCAAUGAGAAACUCUACUCAGUUGUUUUCUGUGUGUAUUGAACCCUAGUUUAUAGUAAUCUUAACACCCCGUCCUUAAAAAAUAAAAUUCUGGUGCCGUCUUGUUAAAAAAUAAAAUAAAAUAUAACCAUCAUACCCCACUUUUUCAUUGGCCGCACUGUCAUAUGAUGCCUGACUGAGGCUUUAGCAAAACCUGUGCUGCAUGUUGUCCAUUUAGGAAAUCUUAAGUAAGGUUCUCUGUGCAUAACCUUGAGAAAACGUUUCCAAAACUGUUAAUGAUAUUCCUGUUAUCUGGAGUAUCUUCUUCACCUCCAAAAGCACUUCUGUGCCUGUCUGUAACAUUUUUUUAAAGGUGGGACUACAAUGUAUAGUUCCUACUUUCUCUUCAAAUGCUGUGAAGACUUGCUGGCAGGGAGAAUUGAAUUUCUGGUGUUUGCUUCAACAUCCUGGCUACCUGAACAAAGCAAAUGUUCAUAGGUGGGGGCUGCAUUUCUUAGUUCUAAUACAGGUUCUCCUCCACAGAAGAAGGCUGCAGCUGCCUCUCUUGCACUGAAACAGAAGUUCUGGAGUAAAACAAGAGGUAGUUUGUCAGGAUUGCCUACAUGUAUUGUGGCUCACAUCAGGUUCUCUCCACUUCCAAAUUGCCAUAAAGUGCUCACUAACAGAUUUGUACUUGUUUUUGUUGACCUAAAACCUGAAGGGGGGGGGCAUUUUUAUUCUUUCUAUUGGAUGCAUUGUCUUUUUUUCUUUGUAAAUGCAGCACAAUAAACAUAUUAUUAAAUAACUUGCA